CGUACGAGAAGCACGCCGACAAGACAGAAGGUUGGCCAAGUGUCAAUGCGAUUUUACGGGAAGGCGGUCUGGUCACCCGGGCGAAUUUUACUUCCUCUUCGGGAAACCGUAUAUAAAUGGAACUGUAACUGGGUGUUUAACUAAAAGUGAAAUGACCGGAGAGUAACAUAUAAAUACGUGCAAGAAAAUGUCAAUGUAUAUAUUACUCGGAUUAUUUGUUUUUCUUCGAUUGAAAGGUGUUCAAAGCGAGGAGGCGGAGUUUGAGCUGCAUCCCCAGGAUGGCUGGUUCAACAAUCUCAUCCACCCAGAUUGGGGCGCAAUAGAUGGACACCUGUUACGGAAGAGCCCUGUGGCGUACAGUGACGGUGUGUACAUGCCUUCUGGCAAAGACCGCCCAAACCCUUUCGAGAUCAGCAAAGAGGGUCACUGGGGUCCCGGGGGCCUCGGAUCUCUCAGGAACAGGACCGCAUUCCUCGUCUAUUUCGGGCAACAAGUUGUCGAGGAAAUUUUGGACGCGCAGCGACCAGGCUGUCCGCGCGAGUUCUUCAACAUCCCCGUGAAACAUAAUGUGACCCCGACGUAUGACCCCGAGAGAAAGGGGGACGUGGAGAUGCCGGUGCUGCGCUCGCGCUAUGACCAGCGGACUGGCCUGUCCCCCAACAACCCGAGACAGCAGCUUAACGAGAUUACGCCGUUUAUCGACGGUACACUCAUGUACGGCCCCGGUAAGGCAUGGACGGACGCUAUCCGAGAGCUCAGCGAGGAAUUUCCCGGUCGCCUGAAAGCGCUCGACCCUCGAGCGAAUAUCAAGGACAGUUUUCCGGCACUGAACGACAUCCGGCUGCCGAUGGCUAACCCGCCGCCACCUCGUGAACACGAGCUUAAACCUAUCAAGAGAUUUUGGUUGCUGGGGAAUCCGCGUGGAAACGAGAAUCCGUUCCUUCUGGCGUUCGGCAUCUUGUGGUUCCGCUACCACAACUUCCUCGCUGACGAGAUCCAUGCGGCCAACAGAUCCCUCAACGACGAACAGGUGUUCAACCUCGCCCGGAAGAAGGUCAUCGCCGUCCACCAGAAUAUCGUAUUGAACCAUUGGCUUCCUGCCUGGCUGCAGCUGGAUGCAGAUGGACAUAAGUAUGCAAUUCCGGAUUACGACAUGAGCGAUCGAAAAUACCGGUACGACCCAAAUAUUCAUCCGGGCAUCUCGCAAGAGUUUCAGUCUGCCGCCUUCCGGUUUGGGCAUACCCUCGUAACUCCGGGAACCUGGAUCAGGGACGGGACGUGCAAGUUUGAGAAGCUGAACGUUAAUAUGGGCAAGGGGUCCGGGACGGCCCAUGCCCUCAGGCUAUGUAACGCCUACUGGAACCCACAGGAAUUCCUGGACGGGUCCAAGUCUUCGCUCGACAACAUGUUGAUGGGCCUCGCCUCCACGCUGGCCGAGCGGGAAGAUCACAUUGUCGUGCCAGAUCUCAGAGAGCACCUGUUCGGUCCACUGGAGUUCUCUCGGCGUGAUCUGGUGGCGAUCAACAUCCAGCGGGCACGCGACCACGGACUUCCAGACUACAACACGGUGCGCGAGGCUUACGGUCUGAAGCGGCGAGAGUCAUGGGAGGAAAUAAACACGUUUAAUCUGAGCGUGGAAGCUGGCCCGAAUGUGGACGAAACCCUGUAUCCCAACGGCAUGUACAUGCAUGGGCCGAUUCAGAGACUGAAGGCACUGUACGGGAACACGACGGCCCCAGACAACCUGGACCUGUUUAGCGGUGGCCUUCUAGAAACAACGCCGGACGGUCCUGGGGAGCUCUUCCAGACUAUCAUUCUUGAACAGUUCCUUCGCAUCCGCCACGGGGACAGAUUCUGGUUCGAAAACACCAACAACGGGCUAUUCUCACAGAGGGAGGUGGACGAGAUUAAGACAAUCACCAUCACUGACAUCGUGCUCAACGUAACCAAUAUACAGCCAGACAUGAUUAACGAAAACCCGUUCGUCUUUAACCAAACUGCAUCGGACCCGUGUCCCCAGCCGCGGCAGCUGGUGGCAGACAGCAACGAAACCGUCAACAACACCGAAGUCCUCGAGCAAUGCACGGGCGUCCAGCACUACGACUACUUCUCCGGAAGUGAGGUGUCAUUCGCACUCUCAUUUGCAUUGCUCGCCCUAUUUGUACCGGUAACGAUCGGCAUCAUGGUCUUCAUGUCGCGGCUCCGCCAGCGUCGGAUCGCGGCCGCACGUCGCCAGCAGGCCCCCAAGAAGAAGAGCAUGGAGCCAAACACUUACAUCGCUACCGAGUGGAUGGGCCAAAAUGAGGGAGAGCGUAACGUAAAGGUUAAGUUUGACGUUGAACGUAAAAAGAUCCACGUCACUGACCGCGGACGUCGUCCGUUACGGAUGAUCGACUUGCGUUACGUUAAAAAGAAAGUAAACUUCAGGAUUGCCAAAGACUCGGAUGUUAUCUCGGUUCGAGUCCCAGAGGAGAUUGACUUGGUUUUGCGGUUUCCGGACGAAAGUUUUCGGCAAGUGUUUGUUGCGAAGCUUGAGGAUUUCCUACGCUCCAUCAGCGUCACCCGAGACACGCACGAAUGGACGGAGGCGCUCAUUCUGAAGAACGCCACCACCAAAGAGAUGCGUCAAAAAACGCUUGAUAAAUUCCUUCGAGUCAUCUGCUUACAGGCGUUCAAGCACGGCGAUAUAGACACGAGCGACAUCAGCCGGGACCUGGGGGCGAUGAACGACAUCUCCAAAAUUCAGCUAACCCGGACAGAGUUCGCCGAGGCUUUGGGGUUGAAACCCACCUCGAUGUUCGUGCGCAACAUGUUCCUCAUGGUCGACAAGGACAAAAACGGCCUCGUCAGCUUCAACGAGUUCCUGGAAAUGUUCACCAUUCUGGCUAAAGGUAACGCCGCGGACAAGGCGGAGAUGCUUUUUAACAUGUAUGACCUGCGGGGACGGGGCCACCUCACAUUCGAGCAGUUCACAAAGAUGAUCAAGUCGAUGUUGGAUCUUUCUGACACGAGCCUUGACGACAGUGAUGUGGAGACGCUCGUGGAAACCAUGUACGAGAAGGCCGGCGUCCCCGCGCGCCGCGAGAUGACGCUCGAUGGCUUCAAGCGCGUGUUCGCCUCGGACGAGUACGCCGAGACGCUGGAGAACGCCACUCUUCAGCUUCAGGGAGCCAAGAAACAGUGGCAGGGUCGCGGGAAGAUCGAGAAAUCGUUCUCUGACCGGAGAAAAACCUUCAUAGACAAUUUAGGCCAGGAUGAUACGACGGAACCACAAAUCAAUCGGAAGUCUCACGUGAAGGUGCCGACGACCGCGGCAAAGGCGCCAGCCUCUGGAGUCCGGAAAUAUUGGAACACAUUUACAAAGUACGUAGAGAACCAACGGCGCGAAAUCUUUUGGAUGACACUCUACAUCUUCGUCUGCAUUGGCAUCUUCCUCGAGCGGGCAUUUUAUUAUUCAUUCGAGCGUGAGCACGUGGGAUUGCGACGUCUGGCGGGAUAUGGCGUCACGGUGACGCGCGGGGCCGCGAGCGGCAUGAUGUUCACGUAUUCAAGCCUCCUGGUGACCAUGAGCCGUAACACGAUCACGUUCCUGCGGGAGACGUUCCUCCACAGAUUCAUUCCGUUCGACAGUUUCCACGCUAUGCACAAGAUCGUAGCAUACAUGGCGCUCGGCUUUACAGUUACUCACGUGAUCGGUCACGGGAUCAACCUGUACCACAUCUCCACUUGGGCGUCCGGUGAUCUCAACUGCGUCUUCCGGGAGUACUUUCGCGCGACGGACAAGCUGGCGUCAUUUCACUACUGGGCUUGGACCACCAUAACAGGUUUGACAGGAAUUGCGCUGACUCUGAUUGUGAUUGUGAUCUACGUGUUCGCGACGCCAUACGCGCGCAGAAACCUGUUUUCUGCAUUCUGGACGACGCACUCCCUCUACAUAUUCUUGUACGCGUUCAUGCUGGCGCACGGCUGGGGCCGCCUCGUACAGGCGCCUAUAACACAGAACUUCCUGUACGGCCCACUCUUCAUUUACGUCAUGGACAAGCUCAUUAGCUACAGCCGCAAGAAAUCGGAAAUCUCUGUGGUGAAGGCAGAGUUACUUCCCUCAGAUGUACUUGGUCUCACGUUCAAGCGGCCUCUAAACUUCGAGUACAAGUCGGGUCAGUGGGUGCGAAUCGCGUGCCUGGAGCUCGGGGAGAGCGAGUAUCAUCCGUUCACGCUCACUUCCUCUCCGCACGAGGAGAACCUCAGCCUCCACAUCCGUGCCGUCGGCCCCUGGACCAUGAACAUGCGCAAGACGUACGACGCCAACAACAGAGACGAAACGCCAUUUCCUAAGUUGUACUUGGACGGACCGUUCGGGGAAGGUCACCAGGACUGGUACCGGUACCGGGUGGCCGUGCUCGUCGGCGGCGGAAUAGGCGUCACUCCAUUCGCGUCCAUCCUGAAGGACAUUGUGUUCAAAUCGCGCACGUCAGUCGUCCGCUUCCCUUGCGAGAAGGUCUACUUCCUGUGGGUAACGCGCACACAGAAACAGUUCGAGUGGCUCACUGAUAUCAUCAGAGAGGUUGAAGAGCACGAUCCUGGUCGCCUAGUGAAUGUUCACAUCUUCAUUACACAGUUCCAGCAGAAGUUUGACCUUCGAACAACCAUGCUGUACAUCUGUGAGCGUCACUUCCAGAAGGUGUGCGGGAAGAGCCUGUUCACGGGGCUGCGGGCCACCACGCACUUCGGUCGUCCGCAGUUCGAGGAGUUCUUCCGUUCGUUACACGUCGAACACCCCAAGGUGAAACAAGUGGGCGUGUUCAGCUGCGGGCCGCCGCCAAUGACGCUCACCGUUGACCGCGCCUGUAACGCCAUGAACAAAUACCAGGAUUUCCCCAGCUACAUCCACCAUUUCGAGAACUUCUAGACGCCACCGGACUCCCUCAUCAGCUACAUGUUUUGAGAACAUUUGACCGCCUGUAAUAUUUAUCAUUUUUAACAUCAAACGUAAUUUCUAAAACAUGUGAACGCCAGCAGCCAGCUGGUACAAGCAGUCCGAACAUUUAAACCCACGUCGUCUGGAGGACGUCAGCGAACACCAUACUGCAACAAAUAUCGUUAGAAACUUUACUGUGUGUAGCGCUGUUUUUUCAUGACAGAAAAGUUUUACUGUGCUUCUAUAUUUCUAUGACAAUAGCUCUGCAUUUUUUCGGUGAAUUUCGGAGUGGAAUCGGACUAUGCUCUUUAUAUGCAUUCUUUAAAUCGAGAAUUAACCAUCAAAUCAUAAAACAUUUUUUUCACGAUGCGAGGAUAUAUUAUAUGAAUGCUUAAAACGAUAACAGAUCACCUCGUGAAUAUAUGAUCUGAUUUAUUUACAUGUUUUGCAUUAAACAUUUGACUUAGUACGAGUAACUAAACUGGACUAAAAUUGUUCGGUGGAAAUUUGAUAAUGACGUAUUAUGCUGCUAUGCUCAAGCUCAUGAAUAAUUUAUUGACAUUACGCCCGAUAUUAAGACUUUAUACUGUGUCGCAUGCUUGUUCCUGACAAGAUGAACAUAUUGAAAGUAUAAUCUGAUAGUACAACGCCACAUUGCUUAACAAUACGCCACAGUGUGGCAUUAAUAAAAUAUCCUUAUACAA